CUCCGCGACUGCCUCGUCGACUUCAUUGCCUGCGUAAUUGAGGUGCAUAUGAAGACACAGACGCGUCAACAACUGAGUUGAUUCAGGAAUUAGAAAUACCAAUUGGUUUGUGAUUUUUACUGUCUGGUAAGUCUUAGCGGCUUCUCUGCUGGUUUCUUAUGAACAUGAGUUUAGGAAGAAGCCACACGACAAACAUAGAGGGAGAACCCAUACUGCCUGGAGCAACCAACAAUAGGUACUAACACUCUCUCUAGCGGUUGGGUGGUUAAAUUGUAUUGAUGCGUACAUGUAGAUGUGCAGAUACAAAGAGAAGUAUUUAGAAGAGGGUCCGCGGCCUCACGCUCAUGAGACUCCGCCACCACCACCACCCUUCGUAACCUUCUCGUCCUUCCCCGCCCUCCUCCUCCUCCUCCGACCGUUCUCCUCCGCCUUUCCUCCACCAUUCCUUGCCUCGCAUCGAGAGAGAAGAGCCGUUCAGUUUUCUCACCUAAGAUAAGGAAAGGAAAGGGCGGACAAAAAGGAGGAAGAAAGGAGGAUAAAGGGGAGCUAGCAGAUAGUGGAGCAGGAAAAGAAGAGAGAGAGCGAGAGAGAAUCAAUUGAUCCCCACAUUCUUUCUCGACUCGGCCCAUCCUCCAUCCAAAACCCGAAGGCAAAAGGAAAAAUGCCAACUCCAAGGCCACCUUCCUCUUCCUCCUUCCUUCCCUUCUUCCUCCUCUUCAUCAGCUUCUUCCCUGCCACCAUACGCUCCGCCUCCUCGUAUUCCUUUAUUUAUGGCGGGUGCUCGCAGCAGCGCUACUUCACCCCCUCGCCCUACCAGUCCAACCUCGAUUCUGUCCUCGCCUCCCUCGCCAAUGCCGCCUUCUCCGACCUAUACGCCCACUUCACCGUCGGCAAAGACGGGGACCCGACUACCAUAACCGGGCUUUUCCAAUGCCGCGGCGACCUCACGGCCGGCGGCGGCGACUGCUCCCACUGCGUCCAGGACGCCAUCGGGCAGCUGCACCCGCUCUGCCCGCAGGCCUGCGGGGCCUCCCUGCAGCUCGACUCCUGCUUCGUCAAGUACGACAACGCCACCUUCCUCGGCGUGCUAGACACCACCCUCAUCUACAAGAAGUGCAGCUCCUCGGCUGCCAACGCCUACGACUCCGACUUCCUCGGCCGCCGGGACGACGUGCUGCGCCAGCUCUCCUCCGGAGGGUCGUACUUUCGGACGGCGAGCUCCUCGGGGUUUGUGCUUGGGGAGGCGCAGUGCCUGGGGGACCUGAGCUCGGGGGAUUGCACGCAGUGCGUGACGGAGGCGGUGGAGAGGCUGAGGGAGGUUUGCGGGUCGGCUCUCUCCGGCGAUGUCUACCUUGGCAAGUGCUACGCCCGCUACUCCUCCGCCGGCCUCUACUCCCAUGCCAGCCACGAUUCACAGGGUGGAGAUGAGGCGGGGAAGACGCUGGCCAUAAUCAUCGGGUUGUUCGCUGGCGUUGCCCUCAUCAUUGUCUUCCUUUCCUUCCUCAGGAAGGUCUGUAGCGGCAAAGGGUACUGAAAGGGAGAAGACAGCGCUCUGUGGAAUUUUGCUCAUUUGGGGACGAAAGUCGGAAAUUGAACUUGUAAUUUAUGGUUUCAGGCUUUCUUCAAACCUCUUAAAGUUGGUGGGAUUCCACCUUUUCCCCCUUUCUCUUGUAUUUUUGUCCUUCCCCAUCCUCGAUUUUUACCGUUUGCCUGAAAGGUCAGAAAUGAUGCUGUUACUUUCAACCUCAAUGGUUGGUACCUAAACGGUGUAGCAGGUGCAUCAAAAGAAGUGUGAAGAAAGUUACUUUGGAAUGAAGCAUGAGUGAAUGGUGACCGUCUACCACUA